CAUUUAAAAAUACUUUUCGGCCGCCGCCGAGACCAAGAUGGCUGGGAGACUCGCCGCCUUCCUCAAGAAUGCCUGGGCCAAGGAGCCGGUGCUGGUCGCGUCCUUCACUGUCGCGGGCCUCGCUAUAGUCCUGCCCAUCUUCAGCCCCUACACCAAGUAUGCUGCCAUAGUCAACAAGGUCACACCCUACACCUACCCAGUGCUCGUCCAAGAUGAUGGGAACAUGCCCGACGUGCCCAGCUACCCCCAGGACCCCCAGGGCCCAAGCCUGGAGUGGCUGAAGAAACUGAACACCUCUACUGACCAGAAGGACAUCCUAUGGCCCCCAAUAAAAAUGUGA